AAGAAGAAAAAAACAAGGAAGAAGAAAUACAACAAUGAAAACGAAACAAGUUGUCGUUUUUGACAGUGAAUACGUUUUUAUGUGUACUCAAUGUUUUGCGUUCUGAAUUAGUGCAACAAAGUGUUUAUAAUUGUGGAGUCCGGAUACAUUUGUGUUAGGGACUUUGUCAUUUAUUAGACUAGCUUAGCGUGCUAGCUGCUAAGAAAAAGACUGAAGAAACCCAUCGCUAAGAAGAGAUAAAGUGUUGUGAUUGUGUGAAAAUGUGCGAAAGAACGAUAGCAGAAUACGAGGAGGAACUUUGUCUAACUAAAGAGGAGAAGGAGCGACAACAUCAACGACUUGACGCUGUUUUCAAGACGCAUGGAGUUGUUUCGUCAGAUGCUCAGCCGCCCGCCCACAUCAAGAAGGAAGAAGAGGAACCACAGCACCCCCACAUUAAAGAGGAAGAGGAGGAAUGUCGGACCACUCAGGAUGAAGAGUGUCUUCUCGGGCAGGAGGAGGCUGAUCUCAGCAAGUUUCCACUGACUGUUGUCUCUGUGAAGACUGAAGAGCAUGAAGACAAACCACCUGAGUCCUCACAGCUUCAUCACAGUCCAGACAUCAGUGACCAACAUGGUGCCAUUGAGCAGCAGAAGUGGAACUGUAGGGGGGAGCAGGAGGAGCCACAGCCCCUGCACUUUAAAGAGGAGGAAGAAGAGCACAGCAUCAGUCAGGAGGGAGCGAAGUCUGAAUUGUUGGAAGAGUUCCCACUGAUUAGUGUCAUUGUGAAGGAUGAAGAAUAUGAGGUCAAAAGUGAAAGUGAGGAGAGGGGAGGGGGGGAGCCUCCAAGCAGCAGCUCAACACAACACAUGACAACAGAAGCUGAUGGAGACCACUGUGGAGGAUCACAAGCAGACAAGCUCUUAGCUCCACUAUCAGAUAGUGAGGACACAACCUCACACUCUCCUGACACUGAUGAUGAAGACUCUAAAGAUAACGACAACAAACAUUGGAAAUGCUUUCGGUGCGACAAAACCUUCGGGUUCAAGAAAACUCUGAUGGCACACGUGAGCUCUCACGGCAACAGAAACUGGAAAUGCUUUCAAUGUGGCAGAGCUUUUACCUGCAAGUCGGCUUUGGAAGAGCACAUGGGAGAAAAACCGUACAUCUGCUCAGUUUGUCGUCAGGCGUUCACUCAGAAGGACACUUUAAAAGCGCACAUGAGUACGCACAGUGAAGAGAAACCCUUCGUUUGCUCAUUUUGCGAUAAAAGAUUCUCCCGCAAGGGAGAGAUGACAAGACACAGUAGAACACACACCGGAGAGAAGCCUUUCUGUUGUUCAGCCUGCGGUGUCGUUUUCAGACGAAAUCAACAUCUGAAAAUACACAUGCGGAUUCACACUGGGGAUAAACCUUUUAUCUGUUCAGUCUGCAACAAAAGCUUUUAUGAACGAACAAACCUUGUAAGGCACACAAGAAUACACACAGGAGAGAAAACUAUUUCCUGUUUAGUCUGCGGCAAAGGCUUUAAUGCAAAUCAAAGUUUGAAAAUACACAUGAAAACACACACCGGAGAAAAACCUUUUACGUGUUCCAACUGCAACAAAAGCUUUAGUGAACGGACGAAUCUCCUAAGACACAUGAGGACACUUACUUGUAAGAAAGUGUUGAGUUGCAGUGUGUGCGGUGAACGAUUCACUUACAAGUACCAGCUGAAGAAACACACAUGCGCUGGUGAGAACAGCAGCAGCAAAUGAAGCUGCAGGAUUUCUUUCGUCACUUGAUUGACAUCCACGGCACCCGAGGGUCUUGUGAGAUGACGCUGACUGCUGCCAGCUCAUUAUUAAGAAAAAAUGACCGACAGGAAGGAGAGAAACACUUUUUAUUUCAACAGACUCUUGCGUCGUACCUGCUGUCAAAACUCUAAAGACUGACAACACAAUUCCUGUCUCCACAAUAAAAGCGCAGCUUCAUCUUGCCUGCGCUAACAAAAUAAGAGUCUCAGAAAGUUGGUGUGCAGCAAGCUCGCAAGCUACGGACUUUGCCGCCAAUGUGUUUCUUGUAAAGUGUAUAAAAAUGAGUAUGGAAGCUUGAUGAACAAGAGGCCAAAAAACAACCACUUUCAUGUGGUAUUGGAAAGAAACAAGAGCUUUUUUUCUCCUCCAUUUGAAAAUGUGGACGUUAUCAGCACUACUGUCUGAUUCCAAUCAAUGCGAGUCAUCAGAAUCAGGUAAUACACUAACUUAUAUUCUUGUUUUCAUGAAAGAAAGGAAUCUAUGUGUGUUAAACAUGCUUGUAGGUAGGGAUGAUGUUUGAUAAGAAAUUAUCGAGUCGAGCCUAUUAUCGAAUCCUCUUAUCGAACCGAUUCCUUAUCGAGUCCAGAUAGGUUGUUGUACAUGGAAAAAAACAAUAUUUGGUUUAACAAAAGCUCACUUUUAUUAUAUAAGAAAAAAAAAGAAUCUAAUAAAUAUUGACUGUUACCCCCCUAAAAAAAGAAUAAGAUAAAUAAAUAUUGACUGUUGUUACCCAAA